AAUAAUGACACUUCAUUGGCAUGGUACGUUUCUAUCAAUUUAUUGAAAUUAGGCCUAGCAGACAUGCUGACUGUGCAUAUCAUAGAGAGAGGGGGAAGCUAUAUUCCGAGGUAAACAUAUCAUUCACAAGUAUAAUUAGACGGCCAGCUGUUUAGAUGAUACUGAUUACCCUGAUGGAGCUGAAAACGCACUUGGAUAGAAUUAGGUCCCGACCACUUUGCAGUGGAAAGCUUCUUCAGGGUUCACUUUUGAGAUUCGCUAUGCUGCCCUGCAGGCUCAAAAGUUGCACGUGGAUCCACGUGGAGAGUCUUGGCUAUGAGAUUCGUCGACGAGGGGUUCUCCUUGUCGACAUUGUUUCUUCAAACAACCUAGGCCCCCCCCACGGAGGGCAGAUAUUCCCACGACGUUUUAUCGUCUCUCGGCGACCCAGCCGGAAUCUUGGGGUUCCUCGACGACAUAUUGCUUAUUCCGUUCGGUCACUAUCUUCCGACGGCCGAGUCUGCCGAGAGGGAGCUGCAAGUAUCCGCAAACAGUGGGAAAACAGGGGCAACUCGGCUCAUGUGUUCGGUACCGAGUUUGGACUGGGUCGAACACUGUCAAUCUCAUAUUUUGAGAUGAAAUGACGUGUCCCUGCGGAGGCACAAGUUGAACCAUCCGAGUUUUACCAGGCGAACCAUUGUCAUGCCGCGCUUGCAGCGAGCAGCAGUAGAAGAAGAUAUCUCGCUCUCGGUAGGCAUCCGUUGGCAAGAUUCGGAACGGCCUUGCGACGGCUCGGCUUGCGAAAGAGAAGUGCGGCUUGGCGGAGGUGCGAUGGUGGGAAUCGGCCACUCGGUCGGUGCCUUUGGGUCAUGUCUGGGUCAGACGAGGGAGGAUGGUCCGUCCGUCCGUCCUCCCCGCCGGCGACUUUGUUUUGGCGCAGCCAUGGGAUGGCCGGGUUUCGCAACGGCCGUUGGGCCCCCAACCCUCGAACCCGGUGACGUUUCGCGAGGCGGCGCGCCGAGGUCCGAAGGAGACGGGCGGAGCCUCGACUCUGCUUUCGCAACCGGUAAGUUCCA